GCGCGCGGCGGCAAAGCGCGCAGUCGUUAAGCGUCGUUCGGUCUUCUUCGUCCGCCGGUGGAUCGCUCAGCUGCCUCGCUUGCUCCCUCCCCCCCGCCCGAAGGGUUUCCAAAAGGCACCUCCGAGCGCUUCUAAGCCGCCACCUCCCGAAAGAUCGCCAUGGAUGACGAUAUUGCUGCGCUCGUCGUUGACAACGGGUCUGGCAUGUGCAAAGCCGGCUUUGCUGGAGAUGAUGCCCCCAGAGCCGUUUUCCCCUCGAUCGUUGGUCGCCCCAGACAUCAGGGUGUGAUGGUAGGAAUGGGCCAGAAGGACAGCUACGUUGGGGAUGAGGCGCAGAGCAAGAGGGGUAUCCUGACCCUGAAGUACCCCAUUGAACAUGGCAUUGUCACCAACUGGGACGACAUGGAGAAGAUUUGGCACCACACCUUCUACAAUGAGCUUAGAGUUGCCCCUGAAGAACACCCUGUGUUGUUGACAGAAGCGCCCCUGAAUCCCAAGGCCAACAGGGAGAAGAUGACCCAGAUCAUGUUUGAGACCUUCAACACCCCAGCCAUGUACGUCGCCAUCCAGGCUGUGCUCUCCCUGUACGCCUCUGGCCGUACCACCGGCAUUGUGAUGGACUCUGGUGAUGGUGUCACCCACACUGUGCCCAUCUACGAAGGUUACGCCCUGCCCCAUGCCAUCCUCCGUCUGGACCUGGCUGGCCGCGACUUGACCGACUACCUCAUGAAGAUCUUGACAGAGAGAGGCUACAGUUUCACCACCACGGCCGAGAGAGAAAUUGUGCGUGACAUCAAGGAGAAGCUGUGCUACGUUGCCCUGGACUUUGAGCAGGAGAUGGCCACAGCUGCUUCCAGUUCCUCCCUGGAGAAGAGCUACGAGCUGCCUGAUGGGCAGGUGAUCACCAUCGGCAACGAGCGGUUUAGGUGCCCAGAAGCUCUCUUCCAGCCAUCUUUCUUGGGCAUGGAAUCCUGUGGCAUCCAUGAAACCACCUUCAACUCCAUCAUGAAGUGCGAUGUCGACAUUCGCAAAGACCUGUAUGCCAACACCGUCCUCUCUGGUGGCACCACCAUGUACCCUGGCAUUGCGGACAGGAUGCAGAAGGAAAUCACAGCGCUGGCACCCAGCACAAUGAAAAUCAAGAUCAUUGCCCCACCUGAGCGUAAAUACUCUGUCUGGAUUGGGGGCUCCAUUCUGGCCUCUCUGUCCACCUUCCAGCAGAUGUGGAUCAGCAAGCAGGAAUAUGAUGAAUCUGGACCUUCCAUCGUCCACCGCAAAUGCUUCUAAAGCAGGACUUAGUUACCACGAUAGCAUUUUUUUCCUCUUUUUUUUGACAAAAAUAAUCCCCAUAACUGCGCAUAAGCGAAAGUUGAGAUUGGCAUGGCUUUCUUUGUUUAUUUGGCGCUUGACUCAGGAUAUAAAAACUGGAACGGUGAAAAAGUUUUGACGGCAGCAGCCUUUAUUAAAAAAAAAAAGCAAAAAAAAAGUUUUGGAGCGAACACCCCCCCCUCCAAGCCCCCCAGUUCUGCAGUGCAUCUGAGGACUUCGAUUGUGCGUGUGUUGUUGUUUCUUUUUCGAAAACAAUAGUCAUUCCAAAUACCGUAUAACGCAUUGGGAGGAAGUUAAACCAGCCUCUAUGAAAACAGCAGCCCGGCUCUUCCAGAAGAGCAGAAACAGAUUUCUGGUUUUCUAUAACAUGUUGCUUGUGCGUGAAUCAUGAAGUGAUUCAAGUGUCUUUUUUCUGUAUCUUGCGCCUUAAAACAAAACUUUUUUAAAAAGCCACACUUGAUCUUCAUCUGAAUUUUUUUUUUUUAGACAUUUUGGGUCAGGUCAAGAAAAAAAAUGGGCUGUGUGUGUUUCUCUUCUUCCCAAUCUACAUGUGAAGGCUCUUCUCCCUUCCGUGUCCCCCACCAAGGGACGUGCCCUUCCACACUUUUGAUGCCAGUAUGUAUAAGGGGUACCAGGGCAGAGGGAGGGGCAGGCAAAACUGUACACUGACUCAAAAAAACAAAACCCAGUUUCAAAUAAAGAUGCACAACCAUAA